AACUUCCGGUGUGUCCCGGAAAUGGACUUGCUGAUCCCAUUCCGCCGGGGCGAUUGAUUGUGAGGGCUGGAGGCAUUCUGCCCUGGGGCAGCACCCCUGCCAUGGCUUUUCCGCAUCGGCCUGAUGCCCCAGAGCUGCCCGACUUCUCCAUGCUCAAGAGACUGGCCCGGGACCAGCUCAUCUACCUGCUGGAGCAGCUUCCUGGGAAGAAGGACUUAUUUAUUGAGGCAGAUCUGAUGAGCCCAUUGGAUCGAAUUGCCAAUGUCUCUAUUCUCAAGCAACACGAAGUGGACAAACUGUACAAGGUGGAGAACAAACCUGUCUUUAGUACCAGUGAACAGUUGUGCUUCCUUGUCCGACCCCGAAUCAGGAACAUGCGGUACAUUGCAAACCUUGUCAAUGCUGACAAAAUGGCUGGUCGGUCUCGAAAGUACAAAGUGAUCUUUAGCCCACAGAAGUUCUAUGCAUGUGAGAUGGUACUUGAGGAAGAGGGAAUUUACGGAGCCCUCUGCAUGGUGAGCUAUCAUGGAUGGCUGGAAGAUAGUAGUUGCCAGCAUUGCCACCCCUGGCUGUUGUUCACACCCACAGAUGUGAGCUGUGAUGAGUGGGCCUUCUCCUUGCUGCCUCUUGAUGUGGAUCUCCUCAGCAUGGAACUGCCUGAAUUCUUCAGAGACUACUUCUUGGAGGGAAACCAGCGUUGGAUUAAUACUGUGGCCCAAGCCCUGCACCUUAUCAGUAAUCUCUAUGGACCUUUUGCAAACUGCUAUGGAAUCGGCCGAUGUGCCAAGAUGGUGUACGAGAUGUGGAGGGAACUGGAGGAGGAAGAGGAAGGUGAGAUAAAAGGCCGGAAACCAGAAAUUGGGCACAUUUUUCUUCUGGAUAGAGAUGUGGACUUUGUGACUGCACUCUGCUCCCAAGUGGUAUAUGAGGGGCUAGUAGAUGACACCUUCCGAAUCAAGUGUGGGAGUGUGGAUUUUGGUCCAGAUGUCACAUCCUCUGACAAGAGCCUCAAAGUGCUGCUUAAUGCCCAGGAUAAGGUGUUUAAUGAGAUUCGUAAUGAGCAUUUCUCCAAUGUCUUUGGCUUCCUGAGCCAGAAGGCCCGGAACCUGCAGGCACAGUAUGAUCGUCGUCGUGGUAUGGACAUCAAGCAGAUGAAGAACUUUGUCUCUCAGGAGCUCAAGGGGCUGAAGCAAGAGCACCGAUUGCUGAGUUUACAUAUUGGGGCCUGUGAGUCUAUCAUGAAAAAGAAAACCAAGCAGGAUUUCCAGGAGCUGAUCAAGACAGAACAUGCACUGCUAGAAGGGUUCAACAUCCGUGAGAGCACAAGCUAUAUUGAGGAGCACAUUGACCGACAGGUUUCACCUAUUGAAAGCCUCCGUCUCAUGUGUCUCCUGUCCAUCACUGAGAAUGGUUUGGUGCCCAAAGAUUACCGCUCUCUGAAAACCCAGUAUCUUCAGAGCUAUGGACCUGAGCACCUGCUGACCUUCUCUAAUCUGCGUCGGACAGGGCUGUUAACAGAGCAGGUUCCAGGAGAUACUCUUACUGCAGUAGAGAAUAAAGUGAGCAAAUUGGUGACUGAUAAAGCUGCAGGAAAAAUCACUGAUGCUUUCAGUUCUUUGGCUAAAAGAAGCAAUUUUCGUGGCAUCAGCAAAAAGCUGGGCUUGAUUCCACGUGGGGACAGUGAGUAUGAUUUGAAAGUGCCACGGGAUAUGGCGUAUGUCUUCAGUGGUGCCUACAUACCCCUCAGCUGCCGCAUCAUUGAACAGGUAUUAGAGCGAAAGAGCUGGCUGGGCCUUGAGGAAGUUGUUCGGUUACUCAAUGGCAAUGAAUUUGCAGUCACAGACACGAUACCUGAAGAAAAUGCCCCUAGUGAUUCCCUGCGUCUUGUCCUUGUGGUUUUUCUGGGUGGAUGCACCUUCUCUGAGAUCUCAGCUCUCCGGUUCUUGGGCAGAGAGAGAGGUUAUAGAUUCAUUUUCUUGACAACGGCCGUGACAAAUAGUGCUCGGCUCAUGGAGGCCAUGAGCGAGGUGAAAACAUGAAACCUCCUCUCCGGAGGCUGAUGCUUGAGAUACAGCCAUGGGAGUGUCCAGCAAAUAGCACCUUAAGGACAAGGGAAGCUUGAAAGCUUUGAGGGGUGAAGAUGAGUGAGCCCAGCCAGGAGAAUCGCAUUUCUUGGGCUCACUAGGAGUCUUUGCAGGAGUCCAAGGUCUAGACUCAGCAGUCCUCUUGAGUUGUUCUUCCCAGGACAUUUCCACCUCUGUGUGGGACAUGCCAAUGUACUCAAGAUCUGUGGGGGAAAAUUGUCCUUUGGCAAAUCAUUGUCCUUGCAAAUAAAUAUUAUGCUUUCAGUCA